AUGCGCUUCGCUUCAAAAAAGCAGACGAUUCAAGGAAUCGAUGAGGAUGCUGGUGUGUCGCUCCUCAUCGUUGAGCCCGAGGACAUGUGGCACGCCAACAACCUGAUCUCGGCCGGCGAUGUCGUGCACGCUCCAGCCUUUCGCAAAGUGACCAUGACCACGGUGACCGGGUCGACCUUCGGCAAGAGCGUGCGGACCAACCUCUCCAUCAAAGUCAAGUCCACCUUCUUCGACCCGCUCGCGUCGGAGCUCAAGGUCUCGGGCACCGUCGCCAACGAGAACGACUGGGUCAGCAUCGGACAGCACCACACGAUCACGCUAAAGUACGAAAAAACCGACAUCAAGUUCACCAUCUGGAAGAGCGCUGGCUGGGACUCAGUAGCGCGGCAGGCGCUCAAGGAAGCGCUGAGCGAGGACCGGCCCGAAGCCAUCGCGGCCGUGGUCAUGCAGGAAGGGCUGGCCAACAUCUGCCUCAUCACCGAGUUCCGCACCAUCAUCAAGCAACGCAUCGACAGCCCGAUUCCGAAAAAGCGUGCUGCCACUACGGGCGGCGGCGGCACAACCAUGUCCACCUUCUACGACAAAACCCUCUCCAGCCUACGUCACAACAUCGACUUCUCCAUCCCGCGCACCCUACUCCUCGCCAGCCCGGGGUUUGCGGCCGACGAUUUCCGGACUUACAUGCUUUCGGAAGCGGCACGGACGAGCGACAAGGCGCUGCAGCGCAUCGCCAAGGACGCUGUGGUCAUCCCGUCCACGACGGGGCACGUGCAUAGUCUCAACGAGGUGCUGAAGAGCAGCAAGGCGAAGAAGAUCCUAGAGGACGCCAAGUUCUCGACCGAGUCGAACCUGAUGGACCAGUUCUACGACCGGCUGCGGAAAGACGACGGGCGGGCGUGGUACGGGACGCAGCCGGUGGAAAAAGCUGUGGUUGAGGGGGCUGUGGGCCGCGGCGGCGGGGUGUUGUUUGUAAACAACGGCUUCUUUCGGAGCAUGGAUGUAGCGGAGCGGAAGCGGUACGUUGGGUUAGUAGAUAAGGUGAAGGAAGAUGGUGGGGAGGUGAGGUUGUUAAGUAGCGACAACGAGAGCGGGAAACGGCUCGAGUCCCUGGGUGGGAUUGCGGCGAUCUUGACAUAUCCUAUAUUCGAUUUGGAUGAGGACGGAGAGGAGGAUGAAGGGGGCGAAGCCGAGAAUGAUAACAUGGUAAUAUGA